AUGCAAUCUUGCUAUCUUCGACAUUUGACCUUUUCUUGCUCCAAGUGUACAAUGUUUUAUCAUCAAAUUCUACCUGUAUUAAAAGGACAAUCCUCAAAAAAUCUGCGACUAGUUCAACAUAUACUGAACAGCCAUAGUUAUUUUGUUAAAUCUGAACGAUAUAUUUCAUUUUCAAGUGUAAGACAUUAUGAGAUUAUUCCAAGGUUGGCUGGCCAAAGUGAAGUGAAUCUAAAGAAAGAUGCCACAAUGAUUCACAACAUGCUGAAGUACAACGCUAUAACAUCCGAGCUCCGAGUAGAGAAUAAAGUGUACAACUUGAACAAGAAUGUGUAUGUUGUGGGCCUCGGCAAGGCUGCAAUGGGAAUGGCCAGGGUUGUGGAAGACAUGUUGGGACAGCAUAUUGUGGAAGGUAUCAUUACUAUCCCCAAAGGAGUACAGCAGCAGAUGGUACAGCUACAGUUGAAUGAAAUACUACUGGCAGAAAACUCGAAGAUUGAGGUUUAUGAAGGGGCUGAGUGUCGGGAGGUGGAUGAAGCUUGUUAUAGUGCAGCUAAAGCCAUUUCUAAGAUGGUUGAGAAGCUAACAGAGCAGGACCUGUUGAUUGUCCUGAGUUCAGCUGGGGGAUCAAUACUUUGCCCCUCACCAGAGCCACCAAUCACAUUGCAAGACCUUCGUGAUGUCACUCGACUUCUGCAAAAAAAUGGUGCAAGUGUUAGAGAGAUAAACAUCCUACGCAAAAACAUUGAAAUUCUCAAAGGUGGGGGACUUGCACUGAAAGCAAAACCAGCCCAGGUGCUGUCACUAACGCUGUUGUCUGUCAUUGGUGACACAGCAGACCUAAUUUCCAGCGGCCCCACCUGCCCUACACAGCCAACUCCUUUCCACUGCAUUGAAAUUCUAAAAAGACUGAACAUUAUGGACCAAACCCCUGAAACUAUCCGCCGAUUUCUAGAAAGGCAAUGCAAAAACUUGGAAAAUUCUAAAGCUACCUUCGUCACUGACCCUGUGUCUGAGAAGGCUCUAUAUGAUGCCACCUGGAAGCAUGUACAGAAUAUUGUUGUGGGAAGUAACUCUAUAGCUUGUGAAGCUGCGGCAGAUAAAGCAGUAACUCUGGGUUAUGUGCCCAUUAUUCUGACAACAGCAAUGACAGGGGAGGCCAGAAAGGUUGGAUCUCUCUAUGCCAGGUUGGCCAAGUUCAUCAUGAUCUGCUUUGACAGAAAAGCAUCCUUUGAACCCAACUCAGAACUCUCCAUUCUGGAAACAGCUUUAGUUGCAGAAGGAAUCAGAAAGCAGUGGAUCAACUCAAUCUGUCAAGAAAUUGAAAAAGCCCGCAAUUCUGACAGGGACGUCUGCAUUAUUGUAGGAGGCAAUACAUUUGUCACAGUUUGUGGUACAGGCAUUGGAGGUAAGAACAUGGAGUCUGCAAUAUCCGUAACCAUGCAGCUUCAAGAAGAGUUCAGAAUCAAGAAGUUAUCAGUUGAAGAAACUCCCAUGUGUUUUCUCAGCUGCGACACAGAUGGUUAUGAUGGAAAUACCAAAGUGGCAGGUGCUGUUGUUGACCAGGAUUUUCUUCAAGAGGUGUUAAAAAGUGGUUUGGACAUGAGAAAAUAUUUAGAUAAUAAUGAUUCAUUUACCUUUUUUAACCAGGUCAAUGGAGGACAGAAUUUAGUUCCCAUAAAACUGACGGGUACAAAUGUAAUGGACAUAGUAAUUUUGUUAGUGAAGAGACCCCGACAAGAGAAUUAG